AUGGGUGCAUCAUCAUCAGAGACGCAAAUCCCACAAGUCGAGCACAACAUCCUUGUGGCAGCCGACCAAGGUCGCCUCGAUAUCGUCACCAAAUUGCUCGAUGGCGGUACAGAUCCCAACACCGCAGACGAGGUCGGAACCACGGCUCUACACAACGCAGCAAAGCGAGGCCAUUGGCACGUUGCACGUCUGCUUCUCGAGAAGCAGGCCUCACCGGGCCUCGAGGAUGGGAAUUACAACACCCCGCUCAAGCUCGCGAUCGAAGCCGGGCAUAAGAAAGUGAUUCAUCUCCUGCUCGAAUGUGACACGAGCCCGCGGACCUCACGGGAGAUCUGUCUCGCUGCUCGAUGUGGGCACGCGAAUAUUGUGCAAGAUCUGCUGGAUCGAGGCGCGCCCUCGCUCGCGCCGGCGAAUCACUCCACCCCGCUACACGUCGCCGCGAUGCAGGGCUUCCCCGACGUGUGCGACGUCUUACUGUCGCACGAUAAGAAGUUGACGCGGACCUUCUGGGAACGCAUGACGGGUCCCAAGUUAGCGGUCGAUACGAAGGGGAGCGUGGGACAUACGCCCUUUUCGUGGGCGGUAACGAACCAGCACCCACGGACGGUGGAAGUGUUUCUGCGACAUUACCCAUCUCUUGUCCGGAGCUAUGACAGGAACAAGAGUCUUUGUUUUCAUCGGGCGAUUGAGUUGAAGAAUGUGGAGAUGGUGCGGGUGUUUCUGGAUCACGGGGCAGAUAUCGAGAUGAGGAGCCAGUAUGGGGAUCGGCCGCUGCAUAGGGCUGUGGCCGCGGGGGAUACGGAGGUGAUUCAGAUGUUACUUGCAAGAGGUGCUGCAGUGGAUGCCAAGAACCAAAGUGGAUUUAUUCCAGAACACCUCACGAAUGAUCCGAAGAUCAGGAUGAUUGUGCGCAACGCGGGGAGUGCGCGUUUGCAAGCCAAAGGGCUGUCCUCGGAAUCAGCGCCAGGGGUUGCUGCUGCUCCACCGCCGCCUGAGUACAAGGCUUGA